CAUACAGCACGUUUUUACAAGAUAAACCGAGUAAAUUGAGGUUAAUGUAAAUAAAUACUGUUUUACCUACGGAAUAAUACAGAAACAGUAUAUACAUUAUCUACAAUUUUGUUACAACGUUUAGUUGAUAUAAUGAAUUAACCGAUAGGAGGCACUAACAUCGGCGACACCAGCGCACCUAUAAGACAUUCCUGCGGUGUUUAUAUGAUAUGAAUGCAUGCAGUGAAGAGGAUUACCGCGUAAAUUAUCUGAAUGAUGUUUUCUAAACAACGAAUCUCCUCAAUGACAAUAAUGACACGAGACGAAAAAACUGAUAUCAUUAUUGCAUCGUGACAGUAUCUGGUACUUUAAUAACUUUGUGCCAUAUAUGAUUGAAAUCAUCAAGUUUUGAACUUUUACGUUCAUUAGGUGGUUUUCUUUUCGUUAUUCUCUGUGUCACGAGGUUUUUGCGCAACUUAAUUUUCAUAAGAUUUAUACUGGAAAUUAAAAUGGAGAACAGGAAAAGUAAAAAACGUACAAGUAAAAAGAAUAAUAUGUUUGGUAAUUGGGUGAAUGAUGGGCAAUAUGAGCAAAGUAAUAACACAAUGUCGAACAUGGAAUAUCCACAAGUUUUAUGGCAACCAGGAAUUCAAUCUCAUAUACCGAAUCAUAAUGGACAACGUUUAUUCGCAGCAAUGUCAGAUCCUAGUGUUUGUGGUUAUUCGCCAAUGCCAAUGACAUAUACGAUGGAACCUGUAUCACUUCCAACUAUGUAUAGAUUAUAUCAACCAAUGCCUUAUGGUGUACAUAAUGUUCAUGGUAGACUGAAGCAAAAGUUUUAUCCCAAACCUCCAGUUAUUCCAAAUGGAUAUACUAGUCUGCAAGAGAAUAAAACUAGUUCUACGGUAUUGUCGUCUUAUCAGAAUGGAGAUUAUGCUAGUUUACCACCAGUAGCUAAUAAAAGUAAUGGAAUUAAUGAAGAUGAGAUAAGUUCAGAACAUAGGAGAUAUUCAGAUCCAGGUUUAGGACCUACAGAACCUCCUGUACAUAGUCAGGAUGAUGAUUCAGAUAGUGUUGAUAGUAGUAGCUCUAUUACAACUAUUGGUCGGAGUAACAAAUUAGUUUUAUCUCUCAUUGAACAGAUGGCAGAAUUGAAAAAAAGCAAUGGUCAACUUUUCAAAGAACUUAGUGAGGCUAAAUUCGAAUUAGAGACAAUGAAAUUAAAAUUUUCAGAAUAUAAACAUAGUUCUGAUUAUCAACCAGGAAUGUUGUCAGAUCUUAUUCGUGAGAUCAGGGAAGCGAAUAAAAUGUGCGAGGAAGGAUUAGUGAUAAAAGUACAAUCUAUGAUGGAGGAGAAACAUAAUCAAAGAUUAACAGAAAUAGAUAUAUUAAAGGGCCAAGUGUCGAAGCUCAUAAAGGAGAAGGAGGAAACCGAACGACGAGUGUCUAAGUUGGAGAAAGAAGUAACUGCACUGAAGUCGAGCGUAAACAACGAGGGUCGAGAGAUAGCAGCUUUCGAGGAGGAAACUUUGGCCUUGCGACGGGAACUACAGGAGGCACUGGCUACUCGGAACCUGGCCGAUGGGACAAAGCACGGGACAAAGUGCGUAAACGCGGUAUCAAGAUCUGUCACGCCUGUAAUUUUCGAAACGCCCCGUAUAACGAGCACCCCCGUGCGUACCGCUCUUACCGAGACCUGCAACCUCGUUCCCGCCAUCUCCUCCUCGAUUCCCAGCACGUCCGUCGUCUCCGAUCUCCGUUCUCGAUCAUCGGAGUUGGCCCUUCUUCUCGUCCGGGAUAAUAAAGAGGAGGAGGAGGGCAGCUUGCGAAAAUUCGGCUUAACCGAGUCUAUUGACGAGGGGAAAGGAGACGACAAAAUGGCCGCCGUCAUAGCCGAGAGACAAUUAUCGGCUAUGUUUUCGGUUCCAACUGAGGAGGCUGCCAUCGACGGGGUAGAACAUUUAGAGUCCGUGAAAGAGAAUCGGCGAAACGAGAGAAUCGACGAGGCUGAGAGAACGAGAGCUGGCGGAGGAGGAGGAGGAGGAGGAGGAGGAGGAGGAAUUGGAGCUGGAGCUGGAAUUGGUGCUGGAGUUAACGUCAGCCAAAGAAGAUCUUCAUCGAGGAGAUCUCGCAGGAAAAGAGCUGCCGCGAUGAGAAUGAUUGAUGAUAACGGAGGAACAGGAGGAGGAAGAGUAGGAGUAGGAGGAGGAGGAGGAAUAGGAGGAGGAGGAGGAGGAGGAGGAGGAUCCAAUCAGAUAACGCGAGCAACGGUAGCAGAGGAAUGCUCACUUCGUCAUAAAGACUUCGAGAAACAAUUCACAAUCUCGUCCUCCCCAAUCGUUUAUGAUUCGAAGAAAGAGACAGAGACAAAAUCCGAGGAAGAAGAGGAACCUCGUCGUUCUCCUCGCGAUCGCCUCGUCGAGAUCAUACCGGAGGUCACCGUCGUUGACGGUGGCUCCUUCGUACCGAAAGAUCUUUGUUCGGGAGCGGGAAUCCUGACCUCCAGAGUCCUGACAGCACCUUCACGCGCCACCUACACCACCGCCUACAUUUAGGUUCCGUACGCGCGGGGCCCGACAAAAAAGCAAACCACUCGUCGGCGUAUCGCCGAGGGCAAAAGGGGGCUUCAAAGGGCUUGCUAGAGGCUACUACUAUGUACAUGUCGAAUAGCACUACGUGGCUCUGCUUUAUAUUAACACUCCUCUUUCGUUCGCUUUUAAAAACUUUGAUGACGCUUAAUCGGGUCGAUUAGAGGUGGUGUCCUACUUGAACGUGCGAAAACGUAACGAAUGAAAAUGAAACGAAACGAAAC